AUGGUGAAGUCUCAGUCUCAGUCUCAAGGUUCUAAUACUAGAAUUAAUGAGACAGAGAACGGUUACGUUGAAGAAAAGGUUACGUUGAUAGAGAGAAUUCCACAUCUAAAGCGAUUUUGUCUCUGCUUCAGCUUGAGAUUUGGUUCUCUAUUUAUUGGUAUCUCAGGAAUCAUCCUCGGCAGUGUUUCCUUUCUCGCAUAUCUUCUCUUCAUAGGUCGUUCAGAGCUCAAUCUGGUCACUGUGAUUAUGCUGAUGAUGAUGGCUUUGUUCGCGCUCGCCAACAUCAUGUUUAUCAUCGGCUCAGUGUUAUUGGUUGUGGCCACGUGUGUUGAAAGCCCCGAUUUAAUUCCUGCUUAUAUUUGGAUAAGCAUAAUCUACUGGAUGAUUCAGUUGAUACUGGGCAUUUUCAUUCCAAUAAUUUUGAUACUAGAAGGUGGCAAAUCGUUCUUUAUCGGAUUAGAGCGGCAGACAAAUACGCAUCGGCGCAAGCUCUCUGGGGAUUCCUGA